AUGGAUUCAUCCAGUCGACAGCCUCGGAAAUGGACCUUAGCAGAAGAUCAAAAACUACGAGAAGAAGUAGAGGCUCAAUGUAGGUUCUCCUUCGCUUAUAUCCUAUGUUUUCUACCCACCUCAUUGAUGGAUGGUGAUGUCAAAGACUGGUGUAGAAUUGCUACAGAACUUCCUGGUAGAACAAACAAGGAUUGUCGGAAGAGAUGGCAUAACUCUGUGGCCGGAGGCCUUAAGAAAGGGCAAUGGUCAAAGAGUGAAGACCACUUGCUUUCCAAGGGAGUUGAGCAGUACGGCCAAAGAUGGACCCUAGUGGCGAACUGCGUUGAAUCGAGGAGCGCAGACCAAUGUGCGAAGCGAUGGCAACAGUCUCUUGAUCCUGACUUGGAUCGUAGUGAGUGGCGCGAUGAAGAGGACAGUAUCCUCAUCGAAGCAACACAGCGUCUGGGUAGACACUGGAAGGAUAUUCAACGGGACCACUUCCCUGGCCGAUCAAAGAAUUGUAUCAAGAACCGCUACACAGUCCUCGUUCGGCGUUACCAGAACCAGGGCAUAAGCCUUCCCAGUGCUGCCAGUUCGCCCUCCGAGUCCAGUACGCCAACACCACUUUCAUCCUAUCCUGACGACGACGACGAAUACAUCUCGCCUACCCCAACUAUGUACGGCAAUUUGCUGUCAACCCAAUCACGGGCCACAUCGUCAGAGAUCAACCAUUCAUGGUCAAGUUUGGGCAGCGACGCGUACCCAACAUGGUCAUCUCCACAGGACUACAACAUGCCCAUGGCUAUGACGGGCGCAGAAAUUCAUCACGCGAUAACGCCCAUGCAGAAUUAUGCUUUUGCUCAGCCACCGAGUUUAGGCUCUACUGUUCCUGCCGCGUCAACCUCUUGGAACUGGACAGCGACGUCGAUGGAUCCCUCGUCGGCAAUGCACGCUAUUUCACCUCCUGCAACCAGUCCAAGUGUGCCAGAUCCUUCAUUCUAUGGAUAUAGCAACUAUCCAGUUGUUCAGCAGCCAAUGACUGGCCAAUACCCUACCUACUCAACUUCACCGGUUCAAGGCACCUACCCUGCGAUGCCGAAUAGAUCCCUCGCAGGCAUGCAUGGACCAGGAACAACGGCAGAGCAGCAAGCCUAUGGCUCCAACAGCUCGGCGACGUACUCGGACCCUAGGCGACCACAAAACCCUAGGGAUCCUCGGGAUCGGUUUUGA